AAGCUUGGAUCACUAAUCUAUCCGGGCGACUCAUCCGCGCAUACCUUGCGAUAAUGUUGUGUACAGACCGGCCGUCCACAAUGUCCAGAUGGCCGGUCGUCUAUGGCUGUUAAUCAGUGGCGGCGCGUUACGCUAGGUAUGCUUCUAGAUGAGGCACUGUGGCGGAGUGAGCAUAUGCUGACGAUAGCGUCGAGUGUACCGUUGAUGUGGAAGAGUCGAGAGCAUCUCCGGGCGGAUGAGCAUGCAGGGCUCGAGUGCCGAACGGGAAUGGUUCACAGUCUCUGUGCGCCAGGCACUUCGCACCCUCACCUCGUUCUCGCACUGAGCUCUGGCCUCGCUCUCGUCACGUCACACUUCAUGCCUCGUGUAACUCUACAUGGCUCUACACACGCCGCUGACGCGCUCAAACAGGUGAUUGUGGGCGAGCAAGGUGACGGCGACGACUGCGCAGCGGACUGGAUUGGACGACGUUGUUGUUGUCGACUCUCGCCCUGAGCGUGACCACUGCGCACAUGUCUGGUUUCUCAUGCCCAUAUGUCAUCCUUGUCACUCUUGCGACACCGCUGAUUACAUCACUUCGUCGACCAGAAUGGUUAAGUCAACGCCAUCUUGUUGUGCUCCGCCAGACUGGAGGUAGCGGAUC